AUGCCUUCGGAAAAGGUGCCCUUUUACGACCCUACGCCGCCGAGCUACGAUGAGGCCCUCGCCGGCGGCAGUCGAUGGGUGCCGCCCGCCCGCGAUACCGCCGACCAGCGCGGCGCCACACAGACGGAGCAGCAGUCGCUGCUGCGGCAGCCCGGCAAUGGCGAGUCAUCCCGCAGGACCGGCUACCACGCGCCGACGGUCGAGACCGACGACGAGUCUGAAAACGACGAUGGCCUGCUCAGCGACGACGACUCCGAGGAGGAGCAGGUCCGCCGCGAGAUUGAGGAGAUGGACAUGGAGGAGCCCGACCGCUCCCUGAGCUCGACGUGGCGCAAGCGACUGCGGAUUCCCUCGUGGAAGUGGUCCUGGCGACCGAGAUUACCGCGCCUGCGCAUACAGCUUCCAUCCCGGCCGGCCGACGGCGAUACCCAGACCCAGACGACCCAGAGCGAAGAGCCGUCCGCCGGCUCCGGUCCCCGUUUCAACUUGGACAACUUUCAAAUACCCAAGGUCAACACCAUGUUCCUAGUCCUGACCUUUGCGCGCAUCCUCGCCAUCUUCAUCAUUAUCGGCUUCUUCUGGUUUCUCUUCACCAGUGGCCUCUUUUCAGGCCUCAACUCGCCCCUCACGAGCGGCAUGCGCUUCAACGCCGAGGACCUGCGCAACUUUUUACAGCAGCGCGUCGAGCCCAUGCGUAUGCGGGCAUCGGUUCAACACUACUCGAGCUACGCGCACCUCGCCGGCACCGAGGGUGACUACGCGGCCGCGCGCGACGUUUACGCCAUGUUCAGCAAGGCCGGGCUCGACCGGGUGACCAUGGAGGAGUACUUUGUAUAUAUAAACUACCCCCGCCAGGACGGCCGCAACGUGCAGCUCCUCGACGGCAGCGGUACGGCCACCUGGACGGCCAAGCUGGACGAGGACGAGCACCACCAUGAGACGGCCGGCCGGCAGACGUACGCGUUCCACGCGCAUUCGAAAUCAGGCGAUGUGCGAGGACCGCUCAUUUACGUCAACUACGGCUCGAAAGCAGACUACGAAAAAAUAAAAAAGGAUGGAAUCAAGACUGAGGGUGCGAUUGCGCUGGUUCGGAAUGGCGGCACCGAAAAGAGCACCGCGUUGAAAGUGAAGUUGGCAGAGAUGCAUGGCUUUGUCGGUGCUCUUGUAUACAACGACCCGAAGGAGGAUGGCUUUUCCCUUGGCGACGUCGCUCCUCAGGGGAGGUUCCUUCCUGCCGAUGGGGUGCAUGGCGAUUCCGUCAGCCUGAUGAACUGGAUCCUGGGCGACGUGCUCACCCCGCAGUGGGAGAGCGAAGAGCAAGCACCGCGCGUCAAGGUGAGCGAUGCCGUUGGGCUAGUGCAGAUUCCUAGUCUGCCGCUCGCAUGGCGAGACGCGCAGCCGCUGCUGCAAAGCCUCAAAGGCCACGGCCAAAAGGUGCAUCCCGACUGGACCGGCGCGGUGCCCGACGUGGAGUGGUGGACGGGCGACGGGAGCUCGCCCACUGUGCGUCUACAAAACGAGCAGGAUGAGGUGGAGAAGCAAAAGAUUUGGAAUGUAUAUGGGCGGAUCGAAGGGAUGGAGACGGCGUCCAAGUCGAUCCUCAUUGGCAACCACCGCGACUCGAUGGGGUUCGGCGCGAGCAACCCGCACACGGGUACCGCUGUCAUGAUUGAGCUGGCGCGCAUUUUCGGUGACCUGGUCGACCGGGGGUGGAAGCCGCUGCGCAGCAUCGAAUUCAUGUCGUGGGACGCGUCCGAGUACAACUUGAUUGGGUCGACUGAAUUUGUCGAAAAGAACCUGGACCGGCUCAAAAAGGACGCGUACGCCUACAUUGACCUGAGCGAUGCGGUCACGGGCACGAGCUUCAAGGCCGCAGGGUCGCCGCUCCUGGAACGCGCGCUGCUGCACGCGCUCAGCCGCGUUGUCGACCCCGGGGCCAACGAGACGCUCAAGACGCUGUGGGACCGCGCCAACACGCAGCUCCUGGACCUGAGCACCGGCGCGGCGCCGAGCGACUACAUCCCGUUUCAGGACGUGGCGGGGACGAGCUCGAUGCACCUGGGCUUCGCGUCGGCAGAGGACGCGGCGUACCCGUACCGCUCGAGCUACGACACGUUCGAGCUGGUGGACCAGGUGGUGGACCCGGGGUUCGUGUACCAUGGGCUGCUAGGCCAGGUCGUGGGCCUGCUGCUGCUCGACCUGGCGGACCGGGCCAUUCUGCCGUUUGACACGAAGCGCUACGGCGACAAGCUGCAGACGUGGCUGGGGAACCUGGAGACGUGGUCGCGGAACCGCGGUGCGGGAGACAGGCUGUCGUUUGAGGAGCUCAAGGACGCGGCGGGCAUGGUUCAGCAUAACGCAGAAAAGUUUGGCCAGUGGGAGCUCGAGUGGGACUCGGCCGUGCUGGCGAGUAACGGAUGGGAGUCGAAUGAGUAUGGCGCGGCGCGGACAGAGUACAAUGACAAGAUGGCGCAGUUUGAGACGGCGCUUCUAGAUCCAGAUUUUGGCGGUGGGAUACCCAACCGCACACAGUUCAAACACAUCGUCUUUGGCCCGCCACUCCUUUCCACCAAUGACGAGGCGCUAUUCCCGGCGAUCCGCGACCUGAUUGAGGCCGAGGACUGGACAGGAGCCAAGGACGUCAUGGCCAAGACGGCCGCCCUGCUGCGGCAUGCGGGGGCGCUGCUGUCCAUGUCCAUGUCGUAG